AUGCUGCCUGUGUUUGUCCUUGCCUCAGUGGUCAUCUUGGGGGCUACCACAAUAAUGGGAAUUGUCACAAAUUCUCUAAUUGUAGUUGUGAAUGUUGCAGACAAGAUAAAGGGCAAAAGCUUUAAUCCUUCGGACCUCAUCCUUGUCACACUCGGCAUGUCGAAUAUCACUUUCCAAUUCACCAUGACUGUAAAUGACUUCUCGAUUAUUUUGUGGAGUGACUUAUAUUUCUCAGAUGCAGUUUAUGGUACCUUUAAAGCUUUGCUCUAUUCAACCAUUUUUGCCAGCUUUUGGUUUACUGUUUGCCUGUCUGUCUACUACUGCUUGCAGAUUGUCAUAUUCACCCAUCCCUUUCUUGUGCGUCUCAAACUUGGAAUGUCUCGACUUGUGCCAUUUUUCCUGGGGGCUUCGGUGUUCACCUCUUUAGUAAUCAGUAUUCCAGCAUUAUGGAGCAUCUACAAGGACCCCCAAAAUGGCAAUUUUUCAAGCAAUCAGAGUUUGAAAAUUGAGUUACCCAAGCUGAGUGCUGUCUACUUGUUUUCCAGUAAUAUUAUUGGAUGUUCACUUCCAUUGAUGCUUGUUGGGAUUUCCAAUAGUCUAAUCCUUAAAUCACUGAUAAGCAAAAGCACCAUGCUUGAGAAAAACAAGAGUGACGUCUAUAGUCCACGAACUGAGGCAAGAGAGCGAGCAGCAAGAACUGUUGGUUGCCUAUUGCUACUAUACAUGGCCUUCUAUAUCUUUCAGAUCUUGAUGUUUAUUAAUUUUUUCCCACCUAGUAGCCCUGGAUUUUGUACCUGCUUAAUGGCUAUUUAUGUCUACUCCCCUUUGCAGUCAAUCAUUCUCAUUUUUGGCAGCCCCAAACUGAAGAAAACAUUGCUGAACCUUCUCGGGUUUUUAAAGAAAUGUGGCAAUGAACAGAAGGAGACACCCAAGAUUCUUUUUAUCAAACUUAGAGUUUAAAGAACACUAAACUGCAAAGAAAGCUAA